CAGCUGUGCGUGUGGGCUGCGGCUAUAAGCAAAAAGUGGGUGUGUUUGCUGAAAAAAAUAAGUACGCAGAAAGCAACUACACAAAUGUGCUGCGUUUAAACUAAUUAAUAGACAAUGGCCAGAUUUAUAGGUCUGAGCCAAAUAGCAGCUAACAAUGCCGCAGGCACUCGUCUAAACAUAACCAAAAAAUUAGUGCUCUGGUCAGUGCUGAUACUUCAACUGGGCUUCAUUGGCUGCAUAUGGCUGCUGCAGCUGAGCCGCAAUCAGGAGCAGCAACUAACGGAGACGGCAGCAGCGCGAGUGCAUUUUGUGCAGCAGGAGAGACUACAACAGCCACAGUCGCAUAAAAAGCGUUGCAUGCAACGCGAGAAUGUCAAUCAAUACCAGCGAGACUUUUAUCAGCUGAAACUGAGCAAUCACAGCGUGGACUAUGCGCUGCCGGCAUAUGCAGAGCUGGAGCAGCAGACAGCGCUUUGGUGCUAUGCGGAGGGCACAGUGAAUCAAACACAGCAGCAAUUGUUAAAUGAGCUGGACUAUUUGCUGGCGCCGCCGCAGUGCAGCUGCCAGAGUGGCUGGCAUGGACGCGACUGCGGCCAGCCAGAGAUUAUAUGGCGCGCACUAAUGACGCAUAGCCGCAGCAGCAGACGACCGUUAAAGCUGCGUGAGGCAAGCGCCAAUAGAUUGAAGCGUUUGUACUAUAUGAUUAGCCUGGGCGACUGGCAGCUUAUAAAUCUUGAGCUGCUGCAGCUGCAGCUACGCACACUUGCUUCCGUGGUGGACUACUAUCUCAUCUAUUACUAUGUCAAUGCCAGCUGGCAACAUCAGCAGCAGCGACGACUUGAGCGUCAGUUGCACGCGCAGCUCAAUGGCAACUUUGUGCUCCAUGCGUGCACAAAUCGUCGCAAUUGCAGCAGCGCCAACGCUUAUGCGCAUCUGCGGCAACAACUGUGGACGCAAUGCGGCAUGCAGCUGGCGCCGACGGAUCUUCUGCUCUAUGGCGAUGCAGAGACAGUUUAUGCACCUGCAGCGCUUAAGUUUCUUAAAUAUUAUGCAGAGGAUGUGCUGCCGUUGCGCUUUCGUUUGAAACACAAUGUCUACGGCUUUUACUGGCAGCAUCCACAACGUACGCGCUUGAGUGGCGUAAUUAGUUCCUUGCUGCAUUUGCAUGCAGCACAACUGAAUCUGCAGCGUCUAGAGCAACAAGCCAGCCAUACGCUGGGCGAUCUCAAUCAUUACGGUGGGUGGAGCUGUGAGCUUUGCCUUUCCCCAGAGCAACUGCUGCAUAUGCUGCAGACCAAGGCGAAUGUCAGCCAUGUGCACAUGCCACAAACGGCACGCAUUGAUGCCACCUAUAUACAGCAGCUUAUGGGCAACGGCCUGCAGCUGGAUGGCAGCACGCAGCUGCUGCGCAUGCGGCAGCAGCAUGAAAAGUAUUAUGCCCCAACGACUGCGCUGCUACAGAGUCAGGAGUAUGCACAGCUUUUGGUCAAUUUAUAUGAUGUGGAUGUGCUCAACGAUCUGCAGCUGGACGAGGAUGAAGACUAAACUAUCUAAGACUAAGACUAGUUACACUCAUUUAACAUAUAAGGUGCCUGGUUUUGUAUAAUCAUCAACGCUUGAAGCCAAACAUAUCGACAAAAACGUUAACUCAUUUCUUUGGCGCAUUAUUAAAUUCCAAAUUUUGCAUCUCAGCAGGCAGCAGACAGCACGUGAAACUUAGAAACGAAAACCACACGCCAACUGUGAUAAAAUAAUAGUAUAUAUAAAUGCAACUAAAACUAAACAGGAAUUUAACCAGUAAUGCUAAACAUUUCGAGGAAAUUUGUUGUG